CAAAACCCUACACCCUUGGCUUUUGUCACUCCCGCUUCUCCUUUGCUCUGCGCAUCGCCAUUUCCCAGCAAUACUACUACCUUCGCAUUUGAUUGUACCAUGAAUCUACUGCACCUGCUAUAAUACUGCUGCCUAUACAAUCGGAAAAACAAACAAUCGACUAUCUCUGUAAUGUCGGCGGCUUCGAGAGGAGCUCUCCUUUCUCGUCUCCGGCUGCUCUCGAUCGGUCGUCCGCAGCAGCCGUGGAGAGCAUUGAGCACCGAUGCUGUCGAGGCCGAGGUAUCCGGUCGGAUUAUCGAGGCAAAGCCGCGAGUCAUGACUCCCCAAUCCAAACGCACCGGCGCCAUCGCCAUCAAAUGUGGAAUGACCGCUCUCUGGGAUAAAUGGGGCGCUCGUGUUCCCAUCUCUGUUCUCUGGCUCGAUGAUAACAUCGUUUCGCAGGUGAAAACGCCCGAAAAGGAAGGCAUAUCAGCUCUCCAGAUUGGAUGCAGCCACAAGAAGGAGAAGCAUUUGACCAAGCCUGAAGUAGGUCACUUUAGAGCUCAAGGUGUGCCCAUGAAAAGGAAGUUAAGGGAAUUCCCCGUUACUGAGGAUGGCCUUCUUCCCGUAGGGACUUCCAUUGAUGUCCGCCAUUUUGUUCCUGGUCAGUAUGUUGAUGUCACUGGCAUUACGAGAGGCAAAGGGUUCCAGGGUGGGAUGAAAAGGCAUGGGUUCAAGGGUAUGCCCGCAUCUCAUGGUGCAUCAUUAUCCCAUCGGAGUAUAGGGUCUACUGGUCAGAGAGAUGCUCCUGGAAAGGUAUUCAAAGGCAAAAAGAUGCCUGGGAGAAUGGGUGGAGUGCAAAGAACAGUGAAAAAUGUUUGGGUUUACAAAAUUGAUCCUGCAAGAAACUUGAUGUGGGUGAAAGGCCAAGUUCCAGGUGCUGAAGGGAACUUUGUUUUUAUAAAGGAUUCGGUUUUCAAGAAACCAGAUAUAUCCAUUCUUCCCUUCCCUACUUACAUUACCCCAGAAGAUGAAAAUCCUGAAGAUUUGGAACCAUUGAUCGCCGACCUUGGUGAUGCGGAUCCAUUCAUGGCUGCUGAUUGAUAGGGAAUCUUAGUAUUGCGAAAAUUUCGGCUUUGUUUCUUUUGGGGUUAAAAUAGGAGGCUGAAGUGGUUGUUACUGCAAAACUUUUGUUUCUAAUUUGACAUAUAGAGAUGGUUGAUUUAUAAUAGCUCAUAAAAAUACAUGAGGUGAUUAGCCCUUACUUCUUUUCUUUUAUCACAAUGGGUUUAGAGUGGCUAUUGCUGAAAAUUUACUUCUUUUUGUUGUCCAAAAUCAAGGCUUAAUUUAUCAAGUAGAAACUGAAUUCUUGCAGUCAUGUUUAAUUUGUUUAAGGAAUUGUGUUUA